CCUUCCUCACCCCCCUGUGUGUUUGCCUCCGCCCCGCUGGUGUGCCCCUCUUGCCCCCUGGCCCCGCGGCCUUGGAUCCCUCUUCUCCCCAUCCCCCUGCUCGCCUCUGAUGACCGGUCAGGGCGCCAGCGGGCCUACGCCUCCCUCGCCGAGCGUCACGGUGGAUCCCAUUUCGGCGAAUGCCAACCGGCGCGAGCGCGAACUCGAACGGGCCUGGAUCAACUCGGCUCGGGUCAACUUCCCGCCGCCCACGGCGGCCAGCGCUCCGCCCUCCCGCGAGCCAUCGAUCCGCAGUGGUGGCCAAUCCACCGGGCCCUCUUCUCCCUCGGCCCCGGGCGCGCUGGCCAAUGGCCAGGAGGCCGAGACGGCGCCAUUGAAAUCCGGCGACGGGUCGGCCCCCGGACGGGUAGUCUCCUCGCCCGGGGCCACCUUCGACACCGCGCGGCACCUGUGGUUCCAUUUUGAUCCCCGAACGUCAAAUCUGCGCAUCCAUGUCUUCACCAUGACCAAUGUCGAGCAUAUCAUGGACUUCGGGGCGCUGGCCGACCAGCGGGAUCUGUCGGCGGCCGAGGUGUGCGCACGCAUUUCCGAAUUGGAGAAGCUCGCCUGUCCCGGACAUGCGCCAGGAUUCGGCCCAUCCAAAGUGGAGCCCAACCUGCUGGAUGUCUUUUCCCUGUGGAUUGUGUCCGACGAGCUGGAGCUCCAAUAUCGGCCGGAUGACAGUGUGGUGGACCUGCUGGACCGGCUGCCGCGAUUGUUGGAGAAGUACACCCACCGGCCGGUCACCGGUGACCUGGUCGACCCCGGCACCGGUGGCUACCUGACCCCGGAUGCCGGCGGCGUGGGGACCCUGUCCGGUGGUGCCGAUGAGCAUGCCAACAGCCCGGGCACCGGCGGGAGCAUCAUGGGCUCGGCGUCGGCCGCUCUGACGGCCUUCACACAAACGCUUCGCCGGGCCGGCCGCGAGGGGCCCGGCGACCUGGCCGACCAGCCGGCCCACCUGCCGGCCGACCAGCAGCUACACCUCCUGUCGCCAGGCAGCCACCGGCUCUUGUCGCCGCUGCUGACCGGCAAGCAGUCCCGAUCGGCGACCGAGGGGGGGCCCGGUGGGUCGGACCCCUCCGACCGGCCUGCCCCGUUGAUUCGCCCGCGCUGGCGCUUUGUCUUCCGUCGGCGGUCGCUCUUGUCGCCGGAAUUGGAAGCCGCGGCUUUCCAGACCCACUUGGCCUGGGCGCGGCUUCUCUUUGCCGAGGCCCGGGUGAGCUUCCUCUCCGGGCGCUUGGGCAUGGGGGCGGACCUGGCCUCGGCCGGGGGCCGACCCGGCACCGGCGCCGCUGGGGCUUUGGCCAUGCGCGCGGUCGACAUGCUGGCCCUGCGCGCGGCGGCCGUUCUCUGGCGGUUGGAUGUGGUGGAGGGCGCGGCGGCGCCGGAGUCCCUGGACCCCGGGCCCGGCGGCGCUCCUGCCCCCGACGACCCGCACCCCUGGCAGCGGUGGCUCCCGGCGCCGAUGUGGCAUCGGGCCCUGGAACGUUGGGCAGAUGGCCGGCCCGCGGUGGACCUCGAGCGAAGCCCCUCCUCGGCGCGUCUCAGCUCCUUCGGCAUUGGCCGCGGGGCCGGCAGCCAGGCGACCCUGUCGCCGGACCCGGCCGACUCGUCGGACCCCGCCGGGGCCGCGGCGCAGGCCGGCAACAAUCGCCUUGGCCGGCGUCGAUCGACCAUGGUGCGCCGGAGCGGUGCUGGCAUCGGCCCCGGCGCGCAUGGGGCCUGCUGGCGGGACCAGCUUCGCCAGCAUGCGCGCGUGGCCCUCGAUUUGAUCCUCGAUCCGUAUGUCUUGUGGCGGCUGUUCCUGCGCCUCGCACGGCUGUCGCCGCUGUAUGGGACAACCGCCUUCCCGGCUUGUCGGGACUCCCCGCCGCAUGGGCACUUUGAGAAGCGCACCGAGCAUUUGGCCCUGUGCGUCGGGCCAUACGGCGCAUCGGUGCUGGAUCAGGCCACCUCGCGCCUGCUGGCCACCUUCCCGUAUGGCGAGCUGCACUGGUCGUACCAAUCGAACUUCGUGCAGUUCGACCGAUUCACCGACAGCGUCAGCCGUAUGGAAAGCCGUCGGUCGGAAGAGCGCAUGGGCGCCUGUGGGUACUUCUCCAGCUUCGCCUAUUGCGAUCCUCCAAACCCCUCGGACCCGGCCGAUCCGGCCUUCAUGGGAUAUCAGCUGCCUGGCUCUCGGGACAGCAGCCUCAGCGCCCUGGCGUCACCGGCCAGCGAUGUCAGUGCUCCCACACCGUUGCUCGGCAGCGGCGGCGGCGGCGGCGGGAGCCCAUCCAACAUGGGGUCCUCCAUGCCGGAGGAGGAUCCGCUGUCCUUCCACAUCUUUGACCAGCUCUUUGGCGGGAGUGGUGCCACCACUCCGGCAGCGCUGUCGCCGGAGCUGCCGCAACAGCAGCCUCGGCGACCAUCCGCCGGGACCCGGAGCAAGCUCGGACCUGGCCAUGGGGAAGCCCACGAAAUGACUACCCUCGGCAGUGGCGGCGGCGGCUCCUCCCCGGGCCCGGGGCUCCCGCCGCCGGUGUCCUCCGCGCCACGCGAACGGCAAUCCUCCCUGUCGCGGCUGGUCGGCGGUGGCAAUGGUGGCGCCCCGGCGGUCGAUGCCCCUCGGCGCGGGUCCUUCCUCGAGCAAUCCCUCAGCAGCCUUUCCUCGGCCCUACGGCCGGGGGGGUCAACCACGAGCGAGGAGGCCGCCCUGGCGAUGUGCCCCUUCCGGCGGAUUGCCUGCGAGGAAGUCGGCACCUGCGCGGCCUCCGUGGCCAUGGAGGGCUGGGUGGAGGCACUGCACUGCCGGGCGUUGGAGCACUGCUUCCCGAUCGGGCCCGAUAGCAUGGCGGUCAUCACUCCUCAGAGCCGCGUAGCCGCGCGGCUGAUCUCCUACGCCAUUGGGCGCCUGAAUCACAUCGACCGGAAGGCGGCUCGCAACAAGACCGGUGCCAUGUAGAAAACUGGGCAAUCAGCGAGUGUGCAUGCGUGCAUGUGUGCGUUUGUCCUUGCCUUUGUCGGUGUGGAACAGCGCAUGCGGCCCUGUCACCCUGCUGGGGCAACGCCCUGCACAACCUUCCUGUGUAUGCGCUUCGAGGAAUAUACAACCCCCGGGUGCUGGCACGCCGAUUCGGCGUGCCAGCCGUCCUUCCC